AUGAAGGUCUACAACACCCUCGCUCUCGUUCCCUUUAUCGGUCAAAUCAAUGCUCUUCUCGACGCCGACACCUUGGUCAAGAACUAUUUUGGCAAUGACGCACCAUGGUACCGCAACCGCAUUCCAUUCUUUGAGUCCAGCGACCAAGAUCUCACCAAUGUGUACUACUACCGCUGGGGCAUUUUCCGAGCUCAUCAACGCGACCUUGGCGCCAAUGGAUUCAUCUCCACCGAGUUCUUGGAUGAUGUAGGCUGGCAACAUAAGCCGUGGGCCUCACUGAACGAUGCAACGGGCUUCCAUCUUUUGGAGGGAAGAUGGGUACGCGAUCGCAGGUUCAAGGAUGACUAUCAAACGUUCAUGUUCAGCGCGAACAGCAACAGGAGACAGUUUUCAGAGAGCAUGGCUGCGUCUGUCUGGCAAACCUACUUGGUAGAUGGGGCGGCGGGUGAUGCGACCAAGCUACUGGAUGCUAUGCAGGUUGUUUAUGAAGCCUGGAAAGAUUCAUAUGACACUUCAAAGGGUCUUUACUCAGUUGAGCCGCUUCGCGAUGCUACCGAAUACACCAUCUCUAGUAUCGAUGCCUCGGGUGCCCAGGACGGCUUCACCGGCGGCAACUCAUUCCGUCCUAGCAUCAACAGUUAUCAAUAUGCCAACGCGAGAGCAAUUGCCAAUAUUGCAGCGCUGAAAGGAGGAUUAAGCGGCACCGUCUCCACCUACAACUCCAAGGCGACAGCCCUCAAGGGACGCGUGCAAGAUGCGCUCUGGAACUCUACCUACGAGCACUUUAUCGAUCGCUUCCAAGUCAACAACAAGUACGUCACUUACUGGGACUUUAUUCGCGGACGCGAGUUAGUCGGCAUGGUACCUUGGACUCACGACCUCCCUGACGACACUGCCGCAUACGCAAAGGCCUGGACUCAUGUCCUAAACACUAACCAACUUGCCGGCCCGCACGGCCUGCGCACUGUAGAGCCAAGCUACCAGUGGUACAUGCGCCAGUACCGUUACGAAGGAAAGAACCCGGAAUGUCAGUGGAACGGUCCUAUAUGGCCAUUCCAGACUACCCAAGUUCUCACCGGCCUUGCCAACUUCCUGGAUCACUACCGCACAGGUGCCGCAACGGGUAUCAUCAAGAAUUCCGACUACGUUCAUCUUCUGAAGCAGUACGCACAGCUUCACCGCAACCCCAAGACCGGUGUUCUAGAUCUCGAGGAAGAUUACUACCCAGACACUGGUCUCCCAAUCGUCGGGCUCAAGCGCUCAAACCACUACUUCCACUCUGGCUUCAACGACCUCAUCAUUACGGGUCUCGUCGGCAUCCGCCCCUCCACAAACGCCAGCAUCGAAGUAAACCCUCUCGCCGACUCAUCAAUCUCCUACUUCCGCCUCGACCGCGUCCUAUACCACGGCCGCGAGGUCGCCAUCCAAUGGGACGCCACAGGUUCGCACUAUGGCACCGCUGGCCUGCAAAUCGAAGUCGACGGUAAAGUCGUAGCCUCAUCUCCCAAACUCGGUCGUCUCUCUGCACCACUCACCUCCAGCGCUCCAACGGCCAUAACACGCAAAAUCGUAAAGUCCGUCCAGUUGAACAGCACCACUGCGUUCCCCCAUGGUACCACGUCGACGAAUGAGGGUACGAGUGUCACAUACCCCGCCAUCGAUGGUCGCAUUUACUUCUACAGCGAACCUAAUGCGAAGAAUGGAUGGGACUCGCCCGCCGGUAAUGGAGCGGAUGUCUGGUAUCAGAUUGACUUUGGCUCCGCUCAGUCGAUCAGCAGCGCUGAGUUGGCGUUUUGUGCGAAUGCGGGUCAGGGAUAUGAUGUACCAGCUUCUUACAGCAUACAGGUACUCAGCGGAAGCACGUGGACUGCUGUUCAAGGUGGAAAGUACGAUACCGCGCUUGCUAAUGGAAUUACUAAUGUAGCGUGGAACACUGUGUCGAGUAGGCAGGUGAGGGUGUUGUUUAGGCCGAAGAGUGGGUCGAAGGUUAGGGUUGUUGAGUUUAAGGUUUACUAG